AAGUAUUCUUUAAAAAAAUAAGAUUUUAAUUCAUAAUAAUUAAAUAAUAAAUAAUUCCAUCAUUAUUUUUUGUUUAAAAAUAUUUUAAAAAAUCAUUUUAAUUUUAAAAAAUAAUGGAUUUAUUAAGUGCAAAGAAUAGUAGAAUUCCUUUUAUAUCAGGAACAAAACCUUCAUUAAAAAAUUCACAACUACUUGUUUCAUGUGGAAUUCCUUCUUUAGAUUAUAUAAUAGGUGGUGGAUUACCUAUUGGUUCUUUAUUUCUUAUUGAGGAAGAUCGAUAUGGUACAUAUGCAAAAGUUAUGUUACAAUAUUUUAUGGCUGAAGGUGUAGUUACUGCACAACCAUUAUUAAUUGGAUCUAAAGAUAUUAAAACAUCUCAUCUUGUGUCAGAGAUGCCAGCUGUUAUAACAGAUACUAAAUCAAAUGAUGAACCUUCUAAUUCUGAUGAACAAAUGAAAAUUGCUUGGAGAUAUCAAAAUAUGAAAGCAAUUGAUCCUUCUCCAAUUGGAGGACAAUUUUUUGGUCAUUUUUAUGAUCUUACAAAAACAAUGGAAAAAGAAGUAAUUGAAAAAGCAGAUAUAACACAGUGGUACGAUGAUAGUUGCCCUAUAAAAGACAAAAUUUUUAACAAUUCAACAUAUACAAAUUUAUUAAAAUGUAUUCAAGAGACUUUGAAGAAAGGACAAUACUCAAUUUUAGAAACCCCUGAAAAAAGACAAGUUUUAAGAAUUGCAAUUCAUUCAUUAGGAUCUAGAUUAUGGUGGAGUGAUUCUGAAGAUGAAUCGCAUCAAGAUUUGUUAAAAUUUUUAUAUUAUUUUAGAGCAAUUUUAAGAUAUUCUUAUGCAGUUGGUGUGAUAACAGUACCUACAGAAUAUUUUGACAAAUCUGAUACUAUUGUGCAACAAGUUGAACAUUUAUCGGAUAUUGCAAUUAGAUUAGAAUCAUUUGCAGGCUCACAAAAGGAAACGAAUCCACUUUUUAAAGAUUAUCAUGGUUUACUACAUCUUCAAAAGAUGCUUACUUUAAAUACCAUAGCACCACAUAAUCCAGAUUCACGAGAUCUUGCAUUUAAAUUACGCCGUAAAAAAUUUGUUAUUGAAGUAUUACAUUUACCACCUGAAUUAGGAGAUACUACUCAACGGGAACAAGAUGAAACAGUACCCCAAUUUGGAUGUUCGAGUCAAUCAAAUAAGAAUUUAGAUUUUUAAAAAAAUAUGAUGUACAUUUAAGAAAAUUUUAUUUUUUAUGUAAUUUAUUAAAUCUUAAAUUACAUAUUUUUAAAAUAAUAUUAAAAG